AUUAUCCUUUCAUUGUAGAUGCUCCUAUACAGAUUAAUAACAACACUGCAUGAUGGUGGAUCCAGAAGAGGAGGAAACUAUGGAAGAAAUUACAUUUAAAAGUGAUACUGUGCUGUCUGAUGUACAUCUAAACACCCCAAACAAAAGGCACCUCAUGGUGCGCCUGAAUGCUGUUGGCCAACCUGUUUUUCUGUCACAAUUCAAACUUCUGUGGAAGAAAGAUCCUUGGAAAGAUACUCAAGUUGAAGAUAAAAAACAAAAAAACAUUCAAAUAGAAAAUAAUACACUUGAUUACAGAAGUAUACAGAAAUCUUGUGGCAAGAAUAGCAAUGGUAUAGAUUGUCUGGACAAAAAUGAAACUCAAAUUCACCCUUGUAUGAGAAUAGAAGCUCUAUUGGAUAAUGAUGGUGACUUAGAAGUGGUAAGAAGACCACGGACUUUCUCUGAGACAAAACAAAAAGAAAUGUCAAGAAAUAAGAUACAUCCUAAAAUUCUAACCCAGGGAGCAGAAAAUGUCAGUGAAGAAGUGCAAGAAAAUGUCCGUCAUAGUAUGGUUAAAAUAGAACACACCAUGGCCACCCCUCUUGAAGAUGUUGGUAAACAGGUAUGGCGAGGAGCUUUCCUUCUAGCUGACUACAUCCUGUUCCAAUGUGACCUAUUCAAAAGUUGCACUGUGCUUGAGCUUGGGGCAGGAACUGGGAUUGCCAGCAUCAUCACAGCAACGGUUGCUAAGACUGUUUACUGCACAGAUGUGGGUGAAGAUCUCCUGGCUAUGUGUGAACGGAAUGUUGCCCUAAACAGGAACCUAACUGCAACAGCAGGAGGUGUAAUUAAAGUUAAAGAACUGAAUUGGCUAAAAGAUGAUUUGUGCACUGAUCCUCAAGUUCCAUUCAGUUGGUCUGAAGAAGAAAUUUCUGAUUUAUAUGCUCACACUACUAUCAUAAUGGCAGCUGAUGUUUUUUAUGAUGAUGAUCUCACAGAUGCUUUAUUUAAAACACUCUACAGAAUUACUCACAAUUUGAAAAAUGCUUGUACAAUCUACUUAUCAAUAGAGAAAAGACUAAACUUCACACUUAGACAUUUGGACAUUACAUGUGAAGCUUACAAUCAUUUUCGAUUUUCCCUAAAUGAUCUAGAGAAACUCAGAGAUGGCAAAAUGAAGUUUAUGGUAGAGCCAAUUGAAGCUACUUUCCCCCAGUUCCUUGUUUAUGAACGUAUAGAGCAGUUGGAACUCUGGAAGAUUGUUGCUGCACCAAUAAGUUGAUCUCUCAUGUGAACAAGGCUGAAGAUAUUCCCCUAAGUCAGUUUGUCGCAGUUCUUCCUAAACUGUAUUUUUAGUGAAAUCAAAAGCUACCAAACUAUUUGCUUUAGUUUAUAUAAUUAAAAAUGAUUAAUGUGCCUGAUACAAUAUAAUCAUUUUUAAAUUUUUGUGAUAAUUUUUCUGCUAUAUAACAUGUUCCAUACAGCCUUAAGAGUAUUAUCUCUUUUGAAAUUAAAUGAGAAUUAUUUACUUGCCACCAUUUUUACUAGUCACUUGUGAAGCUUCUUGAAGACAUUGAAUCCUGCCUUUAUCCAAUUAAGAAAAUUCUCUUACUCUUUUAUGGCUCAGGUACUAUUACCAUGCACUUCAGUGGUGGCUAGACUGAUUAUAGGCUUUUACUAGAGGUUUUUCUCAGUAUUGCUGCUUUUGUGCUUUCCAUGUUAACAUCUUGUAUGUAUUUACAAUAAUCAACACUAAAGAUUCAUCUGUUCCUGUUAUUUAAUAUUCUCUCUGUCACAAAUCAAUAUAUCUGGGAUCUAGAGCAUGUAAAUCUGACUCUGUGCCAUUAUAUCACUGCUUCUGGAGCAAAAAGCAAAAUUCAUUGUCAGAAUUUCUCUUCUUUUUAAAACGUAUGGGUUGGUUUAUGAAUAAAAUCAGGUAAAUGUUCUUCAUCCUUUGAAGCAAACACCAAAGCUACCAACUGCUUUGUACUCGGAUUAUUUAACCUUUACUCUCUCAAUCUAAACUGCUUGGUUUGUUUCCUUUUACUCCAACCUGAUUCCUCUUUCAUCUGUGAAUAUGUCUAAUCUGAUGUACAGACAUACUUACAUAUGCGUAUGGACAUAUAUGUAUCUAAAUGUGUGGGGCUAUAAUUUCUUCUGACGCUGUAUUGUUUUUUUCCCUUUUCUUUAUAGAAGUGAGAUUAAAACGUAGGCCCUUAAUAAUAAGGAUAUCUCCUCAAGAUAGGAUUGCCGACUGACUGAUGUUCAGCUUGACUAGUAUUUUAUCACAGAAGCUAGCUAAUUCUAACUGAUAUGUCAUCAGAGGGCCAGGUUUUCUUAUUUUUGAUUGUAGUAAAUCUUGUUACAGACCAC